GACUGGUUUAAGAGUUCCAAAGUAGAACACAACAAUUGCAACAAUGAAAUCGGUUUUUGUAAUUGCAACUCUAUACUUUGCUUCGGCGGUUGUUGCCCUUCCUUAUCCCACAAUACUUGAAAGUGAGGAUGGUGAUAUUUAUCAAUUGGUACCACUAGAACGAGUUAGAAGAGGAAGCGUUUAUGGAAAUGUUGAUAUCUCCGAUCCAGGUAGACUUAUUAUUGGCGGUAGAGGAACUCCCAUUGAUAAUGAAAACCAUCGAUUGGACACCCACGUGUUUGCAACCGAUAAUAUUCGCCAUCAUAGUCCUUUAACAGUAGGUGGUGAAGCUGAUUACUUACAUAAACCAACCGGAAGUGUCGCACACUUAGCUGGAACUCAUACCGAGCAAUGGGGUACUGAUUUAAAAGCAUCUGGACGUUAUAACUUUUUCCAAGAUAAAACAACAAACGCUAACAUUGAAGGCUUUGCCUCAAAACAUAUUGGGGGAUUACCCGGAAAUCAACCAACUGAUUAUGGUGUUAUGUUAAACGUAAAAAAAGAUUUUUAAUGAGUUUAUUGUUUUGUAUAAAUUU